AAGUUUUAGGAAAAUGUGCGUGGUGGCGUUUGUGGGCAGUGAAAAUGAAGCCACUGGUUCUUCCCUCUCCUCUCCCCACCUCUCCCUUCUCUCUCCGCCAUCGCCCGCCUCGCAGAGCCAGCCCCAGAUUCCCCACCCGUUUCUCUCUCCACUCCAAGACGAUUGCGGCGGAUGAUGCGGCUCCUCGAGCUGAGUACAAGCCCGGCGUGUUCGAUGACCUGUUCCUCAACCUGUUCCGUAGCAAGAUGGUCAAGGAGGUUGGAUGGGAUUCGGAGAAGCCGGGAUACGACGGGCUGAUCGAAGUCGCGCACCGCCUAAUGAUGAAGGGCUCGAGUAACUCCGACACCCGAGAUGCAGCGGUUCGGAUUUUACGAGCACUGUUCCCUCCGUUCCUGCUGGAUCUUUACCAAUUGCUCAUUGCACCAAUCGGAGAAGGAAAGCUAGCUGCAGUGAUGGUUGCAAGAGUGACAGCACUCACUUGUCAAUGGCUCAUGGGAAAAUGCACGGUCAAUUCCGUCGACCUUCUUGAUGGUACCUCUUGUCAAAGUGGGGUCUUUGUGGAGAGAUGCAAGUAUUUGGAGGAGAGCAAGUGUGUCGGAAUUUGCGUCAAUACUUGUAAGCUUCCAACGCAGUCUUUCUUCAAGGACUACAUGGGGGUUCCCUUACUCAUGGAGCCAAACUUUGAAGACUACAGCUGCCAGUUCAAGUUUGGCGUUCAUCCUCCGCAGCCUCAAGAGGAUGCAGCCCUCAAGGAGCCUUGCUUGGAGAUUUGUCCCAACGCCAUUCGACGGAGAGAAGUCGUGCAGAACACUGAAUUAGCGCAAUGCCCAAAGGCAUGAUUGCACAUAUGCAAAAGCAAGCACUGUACAUAGUACUAAAGUGGAUUAGGAUAACUCUGGAAGAAUUCUAUGCAUAUAGCGAGAUAAAUGCCCUGAAAUUUAUUUGCAGAGAAUUAAUUACUUCCAAUCUGCAGUUUCUUAUGACGAGAUCAUUGAUUGAAUCA